AUGGCUUCCGAAAAGACGGAGAUUCCUGUGACCGAAAGGCCUGUUGAUGAGCCAUCUCUGGCAUCGUCUACACAGGAUCAAGAGCCACCCCAGAACAAGACCUUUUUUGAGCGAGUCACCGAUUUCUUCGGUGACUGGUAUUACAUCUGGGAGGUCUUCGGCAUCCUGAUUUCGGGCCUUGCAAUUGUCGCCAUCUGCAUGGUGGUCAAACACUUCGACAACAAUGAGGUCCCCAACUGGACAGCAAAGGUCCCGGGAAAGAAAGAGCCCUUCCGGCUGACAAUCAACUCGCUGCUUUCCAUGCUCUCUGUUCUGGGCUCAACAUGUGCCAUGAUCCCCGUCACCAAGAGCCUGGGUCAGCUAAAAUAUCUAUGGUUCAUGGAGCAGGAUCGUAAACUCGCCGACCUGGAGGUUUUCGAUUCUGCUUCGCGCGGCAAGUUCGGCAGUGCUCAGCUUAUUUGGAAACUCAGAUUCAAGCAUUUGGCAGUUCUAGGAGGUCUGGCGUCACUGCUGGCUCUAGCCUAUGGCCCUUUCGUGCAGAACUUGCUUACUGUCAACAUCGAGUAUCGUGAGGCAGACCACAACGCCCUCCUCUCCUAUGCAUUCAGCUACGAGUUCGAGCCUCUAAACGGCACAGAAUGGGCUAUUCCUGCGAGCAAGUGCAAGACAGGCGAAUGCGCUUGGAACGAAUACUACACCAUCGCGGCUUGUAGUCGCUGCACCGAUAUCAGUCACCUACUCACACGCACUUGCACCCCAGUGAUCACCAGUGAAGACGGUUUCACUGAUGCGGGAGGAUGCAAUGUGGCUCUGCCGAACGGCUUUUCCUUCAACAGCACCGACAUGACCGAGCAGAGCUACAACCCUAACAGAAUCGUCAUGGUGAUGAACACUACGAUGCACCCUCUUGUUUACAACUACACGGCACCAUUGGCCUUGGUUCAAUCCAUCGUGGGAUUGCCUUAUGGGAGUUCCGCUUCGAACACUUCGAAACCCUUCAUCAUCACAGAGGAUUCACCCCUUUCCGCUCAUGAAUGCGUCAUUGUUCCUUGCAUGCAGAGGCAGAGUCUCAUCAUUACCCGCCCGGUCGACAACAGCAACAACAACGCAGCGCUGCCCACCACCGACGACACCGUACCGUUGAUUGACAUCGUCGAGCAAUGGGACAACUUUACGUUGUCCGACGGCCAUGUUUCCAUUACUUUUGACGACCCCGGUCGUAACAAGAACAUAAGCAAGCAACAAGCGGACAAGUACACCUCACCCUUAAUAACGGGAACCACGUACACGGGCUUGAGAAACUAUCUCGGCGGUCUUCUCACUGGAUACGUUUGGAGCACGCCUACUGAUACGGGAUUCAAUUACCACUCUUCCGAGCCUGGAUUUCGGAAUAUCCAAUUACACACAUUCAACAAGAAUUGGUCGCCAUUAUACUGUGACGGCGACAAAACAGCGACAAGUCAAGAUGGGGUUCCAUGUGGCAUUAACAAGGUCGCCGCAGGGCUCACCAACGCCUUCAGGCUCUCGUCGUGGCAGAUUUCCGACGACGAUUCCCGCCCGGUCUUCAACGGCACGACAAACGGACCAAAGCAAAUCUGCACAGCGCAAUGGCAGUACGUCUCGGCGCCCGUGGCCGUCUGGAUCCUCGGGCUGGCGCUCUUCAUCGGCGUCGUGAUCAAGACGCGUCGGGCGAACAUCAAGGCGUGGCGUACCAGUCCGCUGGCCACGCUGCUUCUGAGGCUUGACCCGGAUAGCCGCGAGCACCUGAAGGACUGGCAGCACAUGGGAGAUGCGGAGCUGCGGACUAUGGCGCAGGAACUACGGCUACGACUCCAGGUGGAUGAGAAAGGGCCGCGCUUCGUGAGGGAUGGCGAUGAGCCGUCAAGCUGA